ACUAAAGACAUUCGUCUUCAUUAACUCAGUCCUCUUUCACAGCAACAUUACAUUACUUUCACUCACACUUCAUCACUACAAGCCAAUCCUCUCUUAGCUUUCCUCUCUCUCUCUCUCUCUCUCUCUCUCUCUCUCUCACAGCAUUCCUUUCAGCCACUAAGAAGAAAUGGCCGAAGCAAUCCUCUUUGGUCUUGCACAGAAAAUGAUUGAAAAUCUGGGCUCUCAGACUUUCCAAGAGUUUGGAUCACUCUGGGGUGUCGAAGGUGAGCUUGAAAAACUCAAGGACACUGUUUCCACAAUCCAAGCUGUACUUCAGGAUGCAGCGGAGCAGCAAAGUCAUAACCAUCAAGUCAAGCACUGGCUCGAAAAGCUUAACGAUGCAGUUUAUGACGCAGAUGACCUGUUGAGUGAGUUCUCAGCUGAAGCUACAAGGCGAAGCAUGGUGAGUAAGAAUAAAGUUGCAAAAGAGGUACGCACUUGCUUUUCAUGUUCAAACCCACUUGCUUUUCGUUAUAAGAUGAGUCGUAAAAUAAAGGCAAUGAGGCAAAAACUAAAUGCGGCAGCAGAAAACAGGAAAAACUUUCACCUGAAAGAAUUCCAUGGAGAGACAAAUGUUGUGAGAAGGAAGAGGGAUCCAACUCACUCAUUUGUACGUGAAGAAAAAGUUAUUGGGAGGGAAGAUGAUAGAAAGGCUAUCAUAGGCCUAUUAUUUGACUCUAAUGUAGAAGAGAAUGUUUCGGUCAUUCCCAUUGUGGGGAUCGGGGGCUUAGGGAAGACAACACUUGCUCAAUAUGUGUAUAAUGAUGAGAAAGUCGAAAAUUAUUUUGAGUUAAAAAUGUGGGUAUGCAUUUCCGAUGUCUUUGAGUUGAAAAUAAUUAUUGAAAAGAUAAUAGGUAAUGCACCUGGAAAUCUGGAAAUGGAUGAAUUGCAAAGGCAACUUCGUCAAAAAAUUGAUAAAAAAAAAUACUUACUAGUAUUGGAUGAUGUAUGGAAUGAAGACCGUGGAAAAUGGCUAAACUUGAUAGAUAUUUUAAUGGGUGGUUCAAAAGGAAGUAAGAUUAUAAUAACCACUCGUAGUAGAUUGGUUGCAAGGAUUACACACACAGUUUCACCAUACAUUCUUAAAGGUCUCUCUGAAGAUCGGUCAUGGUUUUUAUUUGAGCAAGUGGCAUUUAGUAAGGGGCAAGUGACCAAUAAUCCUACAUUAGUUACAAUUGGAAGGGAGAUUGUAAAAAUAUGUCAAGGGGUACCCCUUGCCAUAAUGUCCAUAGGACAUGUGUUAUAUUGUAAGGAAACAGAAUCUGAAUGGUUACUCGUGAAGAAUAAUUUACUAGCAAAUGUAAUUGAAGGAAAUGAGAUUUUUCCAAUUUUAAAGUUGAGUUAUGAUAAUCUCCCAUCACAUUUAAAAAGUUGUUUUGCUUAUUGCUCUUUGUUUCCCAAAGAUUAUGAGAUGGAUAAGGAAACAGUGAUACAACUAUGGAUAGCACAAGGGUUUGUCCAAUCAUCAAACAAAAAUCAACAAUUAGAGGAUGUUGGUGAUGAGUAUUUCAAGGAUUUACUUUGGAGGUCCUUCUUUGAAGAAGUAAAGACUUACAAAGGCUUAAGAUACAAGAUGCAUGAUUUAAUUCAUGAUCUUGCACAAGCUAUUGCAGGUGAGGAGUGCAGGCUUGUUAGUUUUGAUGGCAGAAAUAUUAAUGAAAAAAAUCGUCAUGUAUCAUGUCCAUUUUGCAUUGACUCAUCUUUUAUUGAAUCUUUAAGGUUUUUGGUUAAACCAGUCAAGGCAUGUUCAUUUCUUCUGACAUUUAGUGAGAUGUACUCCGGUGCCUUGGAGGAGUCAAUGUUGAAUACAAUUAUUUUGAGUUUCAAGAGCUUGCGUGCAUUAGAUUUACAUGCAUUGAAGAUUACAUCAAUACCAAAUUCUAUAGGGAAGUUAAUACAUCUAAAGUAUCUUGAUGUUUCUUUUAAUGAGGAUAUUGAAACUCUCCCUGACUCAAUUACUACAUUGUUGAAUUUGCAAGUACUAAAACUUUAUGAUUGUAAAGGUCUUAACGAAUUACCCAAAAAGUUUAGAGAAUUGGUUAACCUCAAACAUCUUUAUAAUCAUGGUUGUGAUAAUUUGAGUCAUAUGCCUUGUGGAUUAGGGCAAAUGACUUCACUUCAAACAUUACCAUUAUUCAUUGUGAGCACCUCCUCCCACACUAGUGGAUUAGGCGAAUUGAAGGACCUAAACAACUUGCGAGGAACAUUAGAGAUCUCACAUUUGGAACGGUUGGAAGAAACUAACUCAGAAUCCAUUGUUGUGAAUUUAAGGGAGAAGCAACAUCUUGAAAAAUUGAUAAUAAAAUGGGAUCAUCAAGAUCAAGUAGAUAAUAAUGAAGAUGAGAAGUUAUUAGAAGACCUCCAGCCACACCAAAAUCUCAAACAUUUGGAAGUGCAUCAGUACAAGGGUGUGAAAUUUUCAAGUUGGAUCUCUUCUCUCAUAAAUCUUGUUGAUUUAGGGAUAAUGAGUUGUAAGAGAUGCCGAUAUCUGCCAUCAUUGUCUCAUCUCCCCUCUUUAAAAUCUCUAAGGCUUGACACGAUGAAUGAUUUGGAGUACAUAUCCGAUAAUGAUAUGAGUAAAGAGGUGCCUGCUUCAUCCACAACAAUAUCAACAACGUUCUUCCCAUCUUUAAAGUCACUCACAAUAGAGAAAUGUCCUAAUUUGAAGGGAUGGUGGGGGAGAACAGGGAGGGAUUUAGUUGCAACAACAUCUGCGUCAACACCAGAUCAUCAACAAGAUCAGUCUCACAUCUCACUGCCUUUAUUUCCUCUUCUUUCUUCUUUGCGGAUUCGUAAUUGCCCUGAAAUGACUUCCAUGCCCCUGUUUCCCAAUCUCGAAGAAACUCUAUAUUUAACGAAUGUCAGUUUGAAGCCUUUGCAAGAGACAAUGUCAGUUUCCUCCUCUUCAUUAUCCUCUUCUUCUCCUCUCUCCAAAUUAAAUAAGAUGGAAUUGUAUUCUAUAGAACAUAUAGAGUCUCUUCCGGCUGAGUGGGCACUAUAUUCUCUCAAGUAUCUAGAUAUUUGGAAUUGCCCUAGACUAACAUCUAUGUCUGGAGCGGUGCGUAAUCUCACCUCCCUCUGUUCGCUAUCAAUUGGCAAUUGCGAGGAGUUCGAUCCAUUAAGAGACAUGCAUGAUGAUGGCAUGGAAUGGCGAUGCCUCAAUUGCCUCCGUGAUUUAGAUUUCACAGGCAUUCCGAAACUGAAGUCUCUCCCUGUGGGUCUUCAAUGUAUUUCCACCCUAAAAAAGCUCACCAUUUCAAACUGUCCCAAUUUAAUGACUUUGCCGGAGCUCACCUCACUUGAAUCUCUUUGGAUUUGUAGAUGCGAGCCUAAUCUGACAUCACUUCUUGAGAUUAGUUGUCUCACUUCUUUACGGUGGCUGUGGAUUGAUGACUUUCCCAAUUUGAUUACUUUCCCCGAAUCAAUUAGGAAUCCAAUCUCACUUGAAAAACUUUACAUUUACAACUGUCCCAAUCUCACAACACUACCCGAUGAUGGUUUUCUCAAGUCUUUACGAAAUCUGAGAAUUGUGGAGUGUCCUCAGUUAGAGGAAAAAUACAAAAAUAAAAUCGAAAAGGAUUUCCCUAAUUUGGAAAUCAAAUGGAACCGGGGGUGAGACCACACCAGCAAACAGCUCUACUUCGUCUUCUGCAACGGCCACUCCCCUCUUUCACUUGAAUGAAAGGAGCUGUAUGUAUCUGGGCAUACUCAGAACCAUAUGAAAAAGUGCAACAAGUCAACAGCUAAGGCGAAGUAUACUCGGGAAGGCAGUACUCAAUUUCAAGCGCUUAACUUCUUCAAAAAAGCUACACUCUCUUGUUGUUUGAUGGUCAGGGGAAGCAUUGGGAACCCCAAUUUCUUUCUUCGGAGCCCUUCUUUUCCUGCCCCCCUCCCUGGCACAGUGCUUUGCUUCCACCCUUGUCAUAUAUUCCAUACAUCACACUAAAUAGAUUGAAGUCUGGCACUUGUUGAUAUUUUGAUAACAUCUGGUGAGAGAUCAUUAUUUGGCAACCACCAUCUAGGAAGCGGUUUUAUAUUCAGGCAGAAAUUGGAGGGAAAUGGUCCAAGACUGCUCGAAUCCUUAAUUGAAUGUAUUUCAGAAGGAAAUGGUCCACUAUUACUACAGUAUAUGGAAUAUUAAAACAGACCAGAGUUUGUGAUCUCCAAAGCGAGUCGAUACUCCAAUUAUGUAGUUUGGCAUGGAUAAAGAUCACAACUAGGUGUUAACGGAAGGGUUGUUCCAUUUCAAGAAUGGCUUCAUUAUGCUCGCAGCUGAUUCCUUGGAUAUUUGACAACUUUUUAAUGAAGCUAUUGAAAAUUUUCAACCUAAUAGGAACUUUGAAUUUGGAAACAGACAGUUUUUAGUGAAUUUACAGCAACUACAAGAAGAUAAAUAGGUUGAAUCAGAUGAAGACUGUACCUUGGUGUUAGCAACAAGAUUACUGCCUAUCUUCAGUUAAAGUUCAAUUUCAGGGUGACUGGUUCUUAGACUUUUCAGCCACCCUUUGUGAAACCUAAGCUGAUUGCAAACAUUUAUCUUAGUGUAAUUGUUUCAAUAACAAAACAAGCUUGUGAUGAUUUUUUUUUUUUUUUUAAUGCUUUUCAAAUUGGAACCCUUUUACCAAUAUACAUUACUGUACUUUAAAGCAUCCAUAUGAACUUAAUUAUAAGAACUAUCUUGAGAAAUAUUUUACAGGGAUUAAACAUCUAGAAUAUGCCAAUUAUCAAGAAGAAUCAGAUAAUCUGAAGAAAUUUCUGUGGAAAUCUGAUGAUGGGAUGUAUUGCUUGGAUAGUUUCAGGAUUUGAGAAGCUGAUGCAGCUAAGUUCUUGAGGCUGGAGAUGGAGUAUUUGAGGUACGUCCUACCUUGGCCGACACUCAUCUAGGAGGUGAUGAUUUCAACAAGAGAAUAAACUUUAAGAAAGAUGAAGGCAUAGAUCUUCUGAAUGACAGGCAAGCUCUACAAUGUCUCAUAGAGACUGCUGAGAAAGCGAAGAUGGAGCUGUCAUCUCUGACUCAAACCAAUAAUAUUAGUUUACCUUUCAUUAUCGCCAUUCGGAUGGCCCAAAACACAUUGACACCAUGCUGACUAGUGUCAAAUUUGAAGAACUGUGUUCAGAUUUGUUAGACAGUCUAAUUGCGUGCUUAAGUUCUCUGGAUUACAACUCAUAAGCUUUAAGCACCAGUUGAAACUUCCUUGAGAGAUGCAAAGUUUUCCAAAGAUAUGGAUGUAAUUCAAAUUGUAUCCCAGCUGUUUAGGAGCUGAAAAAUAUGGAUGAAGUUUUUGUUCUUGGGGCUGUAGUUCAGAAGGACUUGAAACUUUGGGUGGUGUCAACUUCACCAACUUCCAAAUCAGAGGUGUUCUCCACCGCAGCAGAUGGACAGACCAGUGAAGAGAUUAAUGUCUAUCAGGGUGAGAGAGAGUUUGUGAGGGACAACCAGUGCUAGCACCAUGCCAAGUGAUGGGGUGGAUAGGAUGGUUAAAGAAGCUGAAAAUUUUGCAAAAGGAAGACAAGGAAAAGAAGGAUGCCAUAGACACAAGGAAUCUAGCUGACUCAGUUUUGUACCAAACUAGAAGCAACUAAAAGAGCUGGGAGACAAUGUUCUUAGCUAGACAAGGAGAAUGUAGAGGCUAAAGUGAAUGAGGUCAUGGAUGCCAUCUUUGGUGGUUCUACCCAAGCCAUUAAAGAUGCAAUGGCUGUCCUGAAUCAAGAAAUUAUGUAACUGCGGUAGUCAAUGUUAAUGUGAAUUUGAAUUGGUUCAGAACCUUAGGAACAAGUACAACGAGUCUAUGGCUUAGGGUAAUAUCAAUAACAUUCUGGUGACAACUACCCUCUAGGAAGCUGUUUUAUAUUCAGUUUGGACAUGCAGAAGCGCUGUGAUGGAUUUUACUUUAAGCACACUAUUUGGAUACAAAGAUAGGAUCAAUAAAAUGAAAAUAUAGAGUCUACUUGCCUGCUUAAGUUCACUGGAUUACAACUGCAAUUAACAUUCUCAUAGGCUUUGAGCACCAGUUGAAACUUCCUUAAGAGAUACAAAGCUUUACUUCAAAGAUAUCGAUGAGAAUGAAAGGAUGUGUAUAUAUUAGAGGCAUAUUCAGAACCAUAUGAACAAGUGCAACAAGUCAACAGCUAAGACUGGUGUUUUUUAGCUGGAGAAGUUAUUGACAUUGUGCUCUUGGAUGUCUCACCGUGGAAGGACUUGAAACUUUGGGUGGUGUAAUGACAAAGAUUAUCCCAAGGAACACAACUUCACCGACUUUCAAAUCAGCAGAGGUGUUCUCCAGCACAGCAGAUGGACAGAUCAGUGAAGAGAUUAAUGUCUAUCAGGGUGAAAGAGAGGUAUUUAUCUCUCUGAAAAAAGGGUGAGAGAGAGAUCAUGAGGGACAACAAAUCCCUUGGAAGCUUGUGCUUAAGACACCAAAACAGGUGCUAGCACCAUCACACCAUGGCAAGUGAUGAGGUGGAUAGGAUGGUUAAAGAAGCUGAAAAUUUUGCAAAAGGAAGACAAGGAAAAGAGGGAUGCUGUAGACACAAAGAAUCAAGCUGACUCAGUUUUGUACCAAACUAGAAGCAACUAAAAGAGCUGGAAGAAAAUGUUCCUAGCUAGACAAGGAGAAUGUAGAGGCUAAAAGGUCAUGGAUGCCAUCUCUGGUGGUUCUACCCAAGCCAUUAAAGAUGCAAUGGCUGUCCUGAAUCAGGAAAUUAUGUAACUGUGGUAGUCAAUGUUGAUGUUUAGCUUUUAUCGGAUUGACUUCUUUGCAUGGACGGCCACUAUUGUGUAGCCUUGAAUUAUGUUAUAGUUGAGAGAGAACUCUUUGAUAUAGAGUUA